AUGAUGUAUAGUCAAAAUGUUCGAGUACUUUCUAGAAUCGAGGAAUAUAAGCCACUUGUUAGACAUAUUGUCGAAAUGUCGUUAUUUUGUGUCGUUCUAACUCAUCCCCUUCCUGAACCUUUUCCGGUUAACAUAUCCAAAGAAAACUGGAUCUCUGAAUAUGAAACUAUCUCUAAAGAAAAACUCACCUUCGGGCAUCUCAAGAUGAUGAUACUUAGAGAAGUGAAGAGCAACCCUGUUUACAUGAACGUUCACGGGGUGAAGUCGCUAUGGAAAGUUAAAGGUCUUGCCGAAGGUAACAAUAAGUGGACAAAUCUUGAGGAAACAGCUAAAGAAGACGAAACUGACGUUGAACAAAAACUACGAGAACUCGGAGGUGACAAGCUGAUCUCGACUAUGAAGGUUGAAGCUGUUUUCCAAGACCCUUAUGAUGAUGGGAUCCACAUCAUUGUUCAACCGCCACCGCAGGCCACCACUGGGAAAAAAAGACGCGAAGACUCGGGCUCAGAUGAAGAAGGCAGAACCCGAAAAAAAGAAAGACAUGCACCAAAAACCCUGGCUUCUCUUCUUACUUCGUCAACAUUACAACCAUUUCCUUCAAAUAUCCCUCCCCACAAGUUUUACGAUCGUGAACAAGCUCUAAAAUUAAUGUUAGAUGUUGCUCGCUCUAACUUCCAAGGUCGCAAAAGUUUGGACCAUAAAAAUCAUAACUUUCUCCUAAUUCCUGGAGGGAUUGGAAUAGGCAAAACACGAAUGGGCUGGGAAUCCAAGUAUCUGUCCUCUAACCUGGUAGGAGGAAACGAUGACAAUGAUGAUUUUGUGGAAGCUAUGAAAAACCCCUGUUACAACUUCAUUGAUUUGAAUAAUGGAAGCAAAUACAUUGAUGGUUUUGAUGACAAGGAAGAUGCAAGUGUGCGAAUAGGGGCACGUAUUGCAUUGUCAUCAGGUUUGGUGUCAGAUAGUCGUCUAUCUACUCUGGUGAUGGAUACUAACAUUGGACUUUUCUCAUUUUCCAAUGUGAUUUGCGAGAUCCUUAAACGUCACUUUAUAAAAAACCGGUGUCCGCUUGCAAUCAUUAUCCAUAUUGACGAAUAUCAAGUUUACAUUAAUGACAUUCAACAACACCAACAAUUAUCAUGGAAAAAAUCUCGUGAUUUCUUUAAAUCAAUGCUAAGAGCGAUUGGUAGUGUCAUGCGUGGUAAUAAUAUAGAAAGAGAGUAUAAUGGAAAAUACUUCAUAAUUCCAAUCUGCACAGGAACAUCUGCCAUUGACAUUCAUUUUUUACCCACGGAGCAUAAACAAGAAAUCUUGGAGCUCAGGCCUUUGAAUUAUGCUUCAGCAAAAUCAAUGUUUCUUGACAAGUAUUAUUAUUCAAGUGGAAUAGCCAACAAAGACGAUGUGGUUCGAGGUCUCAAAAAUCACUUUAUUAAUAUAGAUUUCCAAGAUUACACUGAUGAAAAAUUCGAUAAUCUUUCAAAAGAGCUUUGUAAAUUUGUCUUAGAUCAACAACACUUUCGCAUUGCCAUGUUUGACACUGGCUUCAUUCCAAAGUUCAUUGACGAUCUCUUGGGCCCAUCUACUCUCAAAUCAGAUUUUGAUUGGGGAAAUCAACUAUUAACUAAAAUAUCUGGCCGAAAUAUAGGUAACUGGAAGGAGGAAUUUAGUGAUAUGCGUAUUGUGAUCUCAUUUGGGCUUACCAGACAGCCUAUCAAGCGAGAUUUUCGACUAACCAGUGGCUUAUCCAUUGGCGAGCUUGAGCGAUCUGGUUUAAUCUAUCUUUCAAACACUAAAGGUGAAUGGUAUAUAAUAGUUAUGCCCUUUAUGCUAUUGAAAGUACUCAACAACCAGCUCCUAGUAUCUAAUGUAGUAGAACCUGUGUUUCAAGAUAAUCUUCUCUUAAUCCCAACAUACGAUUCUCCUUGGCAGUGGCAAAACUUCGAAUCUCUAUAUGGACAUUAUCAAAAAGCAAUCAUUGAUAGUUUAAUCUACAUUCAAGAAGCAAAAAUUAAUUCUAUUAAAUAUAAAAUUAAUGAACUUGAAUUAGAGCAAAAAAAACAAGAGGAAAUUUGUGAAAUAGCCAAGAUUAAUCGCAAAAUUGAUUUGAAAAAACAAGAACUUAACAACCAAAUAAAUAAUUACUGGCAACUAUCUGAUAUAUUUCGUGGUGUAAAAGGUGCUGACACACUUCUUCAACGUAGAGUACAGUUGCGCCAACUCAAAGUUUUUAUUGAGAAAGAGAAGUUUCUUCAAUUGACAGAUGAUAUCGCAAAAUUUGAUAAGUCAGUGUUAUGUGAUGAUAAUGUGAUUCGCCCAUUCAAUGGAGGCGUUUUCCGAUGUUAUCAAGGAUGUGCAAAUAUUGAUCACCGUUGGGCAUUUGAUUCUGCCGAUUCUGGAAAGAAUUUAGCAAUAUUUUCGCAAAUCAAGUAUUCAGAACGUGAUUCAACUACUGAACUUUCAACACCAGCCAUUAAACGAUGGUAUGAUACAACAAUGGAAUCAGUAAAAAAUUAUAAGAAUGACUAUGAUGUAGUUCUUAUUUUAUUUACAAAUCAGAAAUGUACAGGAAAACUUAAUAUCGAAGCAAUGCCUCAACUACUUCUCAUUUAUCCGGAAAAUAUUGAGAAGUAUCUUUCCCUGGCAUUUGCUCAUCGUAGUUUAGUAGAUGGACCAAGUGAAAAUAAUUAUUCAUGA